AUGUCUGUACCUGAGAAAAUUGAACAGGUCUUGUUCCAUGAAAAGAUUGGAUUCAUAUUCCUCUGUCUUCUAUGGUACCUAUGUAGUGCGGUAACAAAUACAAGUUCUAAGAGCAUUUUCAACGAUGUUUCUUGUCCCGUCACUCUAACUUUUCUGCAAUUCGGCUUCGUUGCUUUUUUUAGCGCCGUUUGUCUGCUCAUUCGGCGGUUUUUUGGAAAUGGCUCUGGAAUCCAAAGGCCCUCAAAAUUAGUGCUUUCGACAACGCUACCAUUGAGCGUUUUUCAGAUUGGAGGACAUGUGUUUGGUAGUUUAGCAACAACCAGAAUCCCUGUAUCCACGGUACACACCGUCAAGGCACUUUCCCCUCUUUUCACAGUUUUGGCAUACCGAUUUCUUUUUCAGCAUUCAUAUUCCUCAACAGCCUACUUUUCUCUUGUCCCGCUUACUCUAGGUGUGACUCUGGCUUGUUCCUUUGAACUUUCCGCGGAUUUAUGCGGAUUGUUUUACGCAUUAAUUUCUACAUUUAUUUUUGUUUCUCAAAAUAUUUUCGGUAAGAAAAUCUUUACAGAAGCCAAAAAGCAUGGCAAUGCUUCUAAGAAGAGCCAUUAUAACAAAUUAAAUCUUUUGCUUUACUCUUCCGGUAUGGCAUUUCUUGUGAUGAUUCCAGUUUGGCUUCAUCAAGAAGGAUUCGAAUACCUUCCAGUCAUAGGAUCGCCGGUCUUUUUCAACGUUUUCCAUAAUGGUUUGUCCCACUUUUUCCAAAACAUUCUUGCUUUUACGCUACUGAGCAUCAUUUCACCCGUUGCCUAUUCGAUUGCCAGUUUGAUCAAGCGUAUCUUUGUUAUUGUCGUUUCCAUUUUGUGGUUUCGACAACCCACGAGUUUAACCCAAGCCAUGGGAAUUGCAUUGACGGCUGUUGGUCUGUAUUUGUAUGAUCGCAGCAAAAAGUUGUCGCCCUUAGAUACGAAAAAGGUCAAACUCUUUGAAGAAAAGGCGCUUGGCUUGGAAUCUCAACCAUCGAGCAGAGUUUCCUCUGAGGUGUUUAGUGGAACGAGUUCGCCUUUAUCAGAAAAAAAUUUAUCGCACAGGUUUCCCCGUCUCGACAGCGUUGUCCCUCUUAUUUCCAAUUCUCCUAUAACUCCCACCUCUCUAUCAGCCAAGGAGCCUACUUCAGCCCCCCUUCAUUCUCCUUUCCGUAGUCUCUCUAUGGAACCAAAUCGUUCCGAAAACUCUUCUCUUGAAGAUGACUCGUCGUAUCCAGCCAAGCUGCCGAGCUAUACGCCGCCACCCGGUGUAUUCAAAGCUCCUCGUCCAGAGCGUCCUUGGACUGCAGAAGCAUUGCCUGCUUUAAGGAUUUAA